GCCGGACGAACAGUAACGCACGGACAAACAAACAAACAAACAAACAAACAUGUCGUCGUCGAUGUUCGCCGCGGUCCGAUCGCGGUGCCUGUGCGUCGUAGUGGCGUCGGUGUUGCUGCUCCAGUCCACGUGCCGGCCGGUCGCCGGUGCAGCGGUCGUCCCGUUGGCCGUGGUCAGGGCGGCGUCCCAGUGCACGGCCGCGCCGGACGCAGUCGACUGUCUGAUGCGAGCCGCGUCCACCGGCGUCGACGCCUUGACCCGGUCCGCCGAACCCGUCGACCUGGUUCCCGGUUGCGUGACGCUCGUCAAGAACGCCGCCGGCGAGUCGGACCCGCCGCCGGCGCAGACGUCACCGUCGUCAUCGACGUCGCAGACGGCCGCAGACGUGGACGCCGGUUCGGCGCUCGUCGACUCGUUGACGGCGUUCGUCAAGUCCCGCGCCAUCAGCGUCCGGGCACCUGCCCACUUUUUGGACUCGCUCAAAAGCACUCUGAUCGAAGCGCGAGGCAAAAAGGACAAGUAUGCGGGACCGCUGCUGAUGGGCGCCAUGAUGGUGGCCGGCACGCUGUUGCCGAUCAAGCUGGGCGCCCUGGCCAUGAUGAGCGGUAAGGCGCUGAUGACCAGCAUGCUGGCGCUCAUGCUGUCCGCAAUACUAGCGCUGAAGAAACUGGCGUCGGGCGGCAGCAGCCACGGCGGCACCACGUACGAGGUGAUCAAUGUGCCGACGCAGGGCGGCCACGGGCCCCACGGCCGUUCGCUCGGAGCACACGCCAUGGCGUAUGGUCCGCCGCCACCAGCGGAAAUCUCUCCGACGCCCACGCAAUCCACCGACGGGCUACAAUGAUUUUUAAGGCGACAAAAUUGUUUUUCGUACCUUAUUAAUUACUAUAAUACUAUAUAUUA